AUGACUUCGUUGAGCGUAGGCCACCAGGGCCUCCCCGACGUCGCCGUCGCUGCCGCCACUCAUUCUCUGCCGCCGCAUCACUCCGCAACGGCAUCCAGGACCACCGAAUCGACACGGCCCGUUGCCCCCGAUACCCCCGUUGAUGCGGCCGAGGUUUCCACUGCGCCGACCUCCUCCGCGCCAACGCGGAAGGACACUGCCAACGGCCCUUCGACCCCGACAAAGCGACCAACCACCCCUACAACGAAUGCUUCCGCCGCAAGCAACGCACAUAAUGGUACGGGGGAUGCCGCAGCAGCACCCCAGACUCCCAUCAUCACACAGCCCAGCGCAAACCCGCCCGCGCCCGCGCCUACGACUGCCAAAGAUGGCCAACUCGACACAUGCCAGCGGACCCAGGACGCCGCCAUGGCCAACCUCGAGCACUAUGCGCCUUCGACACCAUUCACACCCAUCGCCACUUCCAACAUCGAUCCGCAUGCCUACAUGAUGAUGGCUCUCGCUUCCAUGUCAAACGCAACGCCAUCGACAAUCCCACCCCCACCCACCGUCACCCCAGCCCAAGUGACCCUACCCAACCCCAUGGAUGAUGCUAAUAUCAAUGGCAUGGCCCUCGGUAGUACCGCCCGCCAGCCUGGUGCCGAGAAUGGCUUGGAAUCCUUUGCGCGAAUAGAAUUCGCCGAUUCCGUCUUUCAAAUGACAACAUAUGCCGUCAUUAUCGGCCGUGACCACCGUGCUAUGCUACAGGCCCGCCGCGAUGAAAAACGCGCACUGUUGCAUAUGCUCCGCGUCAACGAGUGUGCCAGCAUGGGCAUUGCGCCGCCGCUUCCCAUCGUUCAAGAUCGCAGCCAUUUCAGCAAAUCAUUCGUCUCAGAGGAAGGCGGCAUGCUUGGCCCCGAAUCGGACGGCGAAGAGGCCGGCCGGCCAGCGAAGCGUCGCAAAACGAGCACCGCAGGCUCAUCUCAGCAAGAAGUCGAGGAGAAUCCCGAAAAGGUCAUAUCCGAUCGCCAAUAUGUCUCACACACUCCCGGGGCAGCCGCCGUCGACCUCACUUCACUACGGCCCUCACCUUGGGACGUCCCUUUUAUCGGCAUUCAUUCUCCGGGUCCAGAAAUUGCGAGCAAGACCAAAGCUAUCUCUCGCGAACAUCUCAAAAUUGCCUUCAACCAAGAAAAGGGCUUCUUCGAGGCAAUUCCCCUCCAUAAAAACGGCUUCUUCUGCCAGGAUGUGCAUUACAUGAGCGAAAAAGUGGUACUAAGAUGUGGUGACGAGCUACAGAUCAAGGACGUUAAUUUUCGCUUCCUCAUCAACGGCGUCGAAAAGGGCAAGACGGGCGCGGAGGAGCAUCUCGCGGAAGAACAGAAGAAGGCCCAUGGAGGUAAGGAGAUGAGUUUUGAAUUCGAGCAGACGCAUGGCGAUGGCCAAAUCCAAGAUACUAGUGACGAGUUGUCAGACGUUGACGAUACACCUGCGGAAUUGUCAGACCUCAACGAGGAUGGCGAGGGCGAGGGCGAGGGCGAUGGUGAUGGUGAUGAAGAAAUGGUCGAGGAGGAUGCUGUUGAAGGUGAAGAGGCAAUCAAAAACGAAGCCUUUGCAGACCAACCGAAUCUCCUCAUGCCAGAAAUACCCAGAAAGAGGGGCCCCGGCAGACCCCCCAAGAAUGGCAUUAUGUCGAAACGCGAGCAGCGUCUGCUCAAGAAGCAGCAGCAAGAGAUGGCCAAAAAGACACUACCGCAGCCGCCCCCCAUCGAACAGCCUAUUAAGCGCAAGGUUGGUCGCCCACGCAAGCAUCCUCUUCCCGAGAAUGCCGGAGACCAGCCCGAGAAACGCAAGUACAAGCCCAGGAAGCCGCGCGAGGAUGGUGCUGAGGGCUCCGAUGCCGAAAGACGAGCACGGGAGAAGAAGGAGAAGAAAUCUCGUCCCAAAUCGCCGCCACUGGAGCUUAAGAUCGAGGACUACACCGAUGAGCAGCUUCAAAAACCCAACAAAAAUUACGGCGUAUUGAUUGACGAGACCCUCACUGCCGCCGGUCCAGAUGGCCUUACGUUGAAGCAGAUAUACAAGAGAAUCUGCCAGAGAUACCCAUGGUUCUUUUUCCAUACCGAAACGAAAGGUUGGGAGAGCAGUGUCCGCCACAAUCUCAUUGGGAACGAGGCGUUCAGAAAGGACGAGACGACCAAUUUGUGGUCGCGCGUUCCCGGUGUCGAGUUGGACGCAGGAAAGAAGCGCAAGGCCUCAUCGCCGGACCGAGCAAUGGCUGCCCAAGGGUAUGGUCCCUAUUCAUAUCCAUAUAAUCCCCAUCAGCAGCACAUGGUUGGCCUCCCUGGUUAUGGACAAGCUCAAGCCACCGGCUAUCAAGUGCCACCAUUUGGUCAAGGCCAACAUCGACCCUUGCAAUACCCACCUCCUCUACACCAGCAGCCGCAACCUCAACAGCAGCCGCAGCAACAACCUAACCACCAGCAACAACCGCAACAACAUCCUCAACAACAUCCUCAACAACACCCGCAGCAGCACCCACAGCAGCACCCGCAACAACAUCCGCAACAACACCCACAGCAACACCCGCAGCACCUGCCUGCUCCAAUCCCGGCUCAGGCACCGGCACCCACGCAGGUUACGGCCCAUGGUCCUCCACCGCCGCCAACAAAACCAACGAUGGAGUUACCACAGCCUACCUACAGCUCACCAUAUGCUGCACGACCUCCCCCGCCCGCCAACCCAGCCAAGAUGGAGGCGCCAGCACAGCCCAUCGCUACCGGUCAGCCAGUGGCGGUCAAGCCAUCUCCUGGCCCUGCCAGCACAUCCCAACCGCAAUCCACUGUUGCGGGCAAGGCAGCGGCUUCCUCCGCGAGCCCUACACCCACCCGGCCUGUCAUCGACCCACGAUUACUGCAAGCGGUUGUGAACCUCAAAAACGGGCUCAUCGAAAACCUUAAAAAGGCUCGCAACCCUCAGGCUGAGGCCAUUGUCAUAUCGGCACUAAACCGCUGCGUUGGUCUGAAGAAGGAGGCCACCGAAAAUGACAAGAUGGAGGCCAUCUGCAUCAAGGGUAUUGGUCAGCUCAUUGUUGGAUUCAUGAAGAAUAAGAGCCCCACGCCAGGUGGCGCUGGCACGGCCGCCAGUGAUCCACCUCCAAUUCUAGAAGCCAAAGUUCUUGUUCAACUGAAUGGCUUCAAGGAAAUUUCCAUCAAGACUCUUAAAGGCCGUCUUGGAGAAGUAAUGGCCGAGGCCGUAACCCUCUCCGCGAUUGAUCGAGUGCUUGGAUUUGCUGAGGCCAGCACAGUCCGCCCUGGUGGCGAGGGCGAGUCGACCGCGAACCUUGAAGGUGUCGAGCAGCACCUGAUGAAGUCUAUCAGGCAGCUUCUUUUGGGCAUGAAUCAGAAGUUGGGCUAA